AUGAGAUUCAUAUUCUUCAUCUUAGCUCUUAUUACGGCUAUAGCUGCUAAGUCAUCAUCAACCACAACUGCAGAAACAACUGUUUGGCGUACAGGCACUAACUCCGAAGGGGUUACAGUGACUACUCAAGCCAUUUUCACUCCGUCAUUCAGAUCUACCUACGGUGAUUCGGACACUACAUCUAUGCUUGCUGGUACAAUAGGAAUGGGGUCGCUCAGUGGUACAGUUGGCAAGGUAAGAUCUUAUAGCCACACCACUAUCUCCUCCGGUGCAUUUUCAUUCAAAACUACAUUAUCUGCUUCUGAUAGAGGUAUGGGAAUCCAAAGUUCAAUAUUGAUAGGGUUACUUUCGGCGUUUGGUUUGUACGUCAUGUUUGUAUUUUAG